GGACCCAACCCAACCAGCCCCACUCUCCCCUAUUUGGCUGGACAUGUGAUCUCAACACAGUGGUCCCCGUGAGGCGACCUGCUCCAUGUGAAAUAAAAUAAAGUUGUAUUAGGUUACUGAUGACUGGAGUCUUCAUCUCAUGUGAAUGUAUCGUUUGAACAUUUUUUUUUUGCACUAUUCCUUUAUUUGUUUAAAACAUUUUUACUGAGGAAAAUGUUAGUGAACGAUAAAGCUGACAAUUGCUGCCACCGAGUGACCAACUCGUAAAAUUGCAAGAGGCAUAAAUAGCCAGCCACUACGUCAUGACGACAGAAUUAUAUUUAGUCAUGUUGUUGAGAUGUUUUUUUUACCCUAAAUAACGCUCAUUGUUCGCUUUGAAAACGUUCUAAACAAUAAUGGGCGUAACUACGUUAUAAACUGGACCAUUGUGUGUGUUUGUUAGUUAAAAUUUAGUAUUAAUAACAGUAGGCUACUGUGCGCGGAGGAUCGAGAAGAAGAAAAUCGAGAUCAAGUUCAGAUGAGAUUUGUUGUUGAUUUGAAAGAAAAACAAACGUUCCUGCUGUUCUCAAAAGUGGCGAGGGAAGAACCAAAACAUGUCGUGUCCACGGCUUUUUCGUGCCUCUUAUGGCAGCUCACUCGCUUUGUAUAGGGUCCUGAAGUCUGCGGUGUCCUUCACGUUCAGGAAGUUUUCCAUGGGUCAAAUAUCCCGACAAGGAAUGGCAUUUGAUAUGGCUGAAGUUCGCAACCGGCUGAGAGAGAUAGUCGGCGCAUCUACCAACUGGCAAGACCAUCAGCAAGUAUUGGCCGAGCGUGCAUCACUAAGCCAGUAUCUUGCUCAGAGUCAGGAUGAACUGCCUGCAAAGACAAUGAAGGACAGUGCAAUCGAGGCUCAUCUUCCUCUGGGUACCCAGCCUGCCUUGAGAGAGAAAUAUCUCAACUCUCACAACAGUGUCAGGUUUGGACGGAUUUUGGAGGACUUGGACUGUUUAGGAGUGCUUAUCUGUUACUCUCACACAUGGAAUGAGGAGCUACAAAGAUCUCCACUGUCUAUUGUCACCGCCCUAGUGGACAAGAUUGACAUGAGACAAAACAUCAUCUACCCAGACUGUGACAUCAAGUUCACAGGUCACGUGACAUGGGUUGGCAAAACCUCAAUAGAAGCUAAAAUGCACAUGUCUCAGUGUCAGGAUGGAGCUUACACAGAUGUAUUAGAUGCCACGUUUGUAAUGGUGGCUCGAGAUCCUGAAAAUAAAAGGGCAGCUUUUGUAAACCCACUCAAACCUGAGGGCCCGGAUGAAGAGGCAAUUUUUCUACAGGGUGAAAUUAACAAGAAGAGGCGUGUGGAGCUGAGCACAGCCUCUCUUCUUAAAGUGGCCCCUACAGCUGAGGAGAGGACUCUCGUUCACAACCUGUUCCUCAACACUCUAGACUCAAGACGUGUGAGUUUCCAUAGUCGUAUUCUACCACCAAAUUCAGUGUGGAUGGAAGAUGCCAAACUGAAAGGGCUUGAAAUUUGCCAUCCACAGGAAAGAAAUAUUUUCAACCGGAUAUUUGGUGGUUUUCUGAUGAGAAAGGCCUAUGAGCUUGGUCGGGCCAAUGCCUGUGCAUUUGCUGGAUGCAGACCAACAGUGGUGGCUGUAGAUGACAUCUUAUUUCAGAAGCCAGUAGAAAUCGGAUCCUUGCUCAUGCUGUCUUCUCAGGUUUGUUACACAGAAGGGAUGCACGUCCAGGUCAGGGUUCACACAGAGGUGCUUGACCCAUUGACCCGGCAGCACAGCACCACCAAUGUGUUUCACUUCACCUUUCAUGUUGAGAAGGAGGUCCCAUCUGUUAUACCACAGAGCUAUGGAGAGUCUAUGCUGUACCUGGAUGGAAAGAGGCACUUUGAUGAGACAAUGAGGACCCAAAGUUGAGCAUUCUGGGAUGUGUGGAGAAGAUGAAAUGCACCAUAAAGCUUCUCCAACAUCCAUCACUACAGUUAAAUGUGUGUGUGUGUAUAUGUAAAUUCUGC